AUGUUUGGUGUCUUCAUAUGCUUGAAAUGUUGUGGUGUGCACAGAAGUCUUGGCGCCCGCAUCUCCAAGAUUCUAUCUGUGGCAUUGGCUGAAUGGUCUGAUGAAGACACUGAUUACAUGAUUGAAGUUGGAGGAAAUCCCUCUGCUAAUGCAAUAUGUGAGGCCUAUAUACCUGAAGGUUAUUCAAAGCCUGGUCCAGAUGGUAGUCAUGAUGAGCGGAGGAGAUUUAUCAGGUUAGAGUUCAGGGCCUCAGGCCAAAAUAGACUCUCUCAACUUCAGCUUUUCUUUGUCAUUUCUCUUGGCCUGGCCGACCAAUAUAGACUCUCGCAACUUGAAUCCAGUUUGGAAUGA